AUCUUAGGCUGCAUUUAUUUUUGAAAAAUAAACAAACGAACAGUCCCUUGACCAAUUAACGAACUGCCUCUUCUCUGCAGUUUACCCGUGGCAAUCAAUCUCACCACUGGUUCCAUCGUAAUCGACACAUCCUCCUCUUCUCUGCAGUUUUUUUUCUGAUCGGCAAAAUUGAACAAAAUCGAUAAAGGUGUUCAUGUGUACCGGGUCGGGUUCGGAUCCGGAACCAAGCUCCAACGGGUGGAGCCGAGCUCGUGGCGUCGUGGUUAAGACACUGGUCCUGAUCGGAGGCGCUAUUCUCCUCAAGCGUCUAACUAAAUCCACCACUCGUAGGGAUCACGCACGCGUCGUCUCUCGUUCUCUCACCGGAGAGAAGGUUUUAAAAUUUCUCAAUCCCCAAUGCCUUCUUACUACACUUAAACGUUUCUUCCCUGAUUCUUCUAAACUCUUGAUGGUUUUGAAGUUCACGAGGGAGCAAGCUUCAAGGGAUCCUGAGAAUUACUUCAACAUAAGAAUGAUGAGCUGUCCAGCUGCUGAGAUGGUUGAUGGUUCACAAGUCUUGUAUCUCGAACAGGUACUUGAAAGUAACACUACAUUGAUUGAUCCAUGUAUGUUCACUUGUGUCAUGUAUGAUUGUGUUCUUCUUCAGGCGUUUUGGAGGACUCCUCAGAAACCCUUUCGUCAAAGAUUAUAUAUGGUCAAGCCGUGUCCUAAAGAGCUGAAAUGUGAUGUUGAGGUAAGUUCAUAUGCGAUUAGAGACGCUGAGGAGUACAGAAAUUUCUGUGACCGCCCUAAGGACCAACGCCCACUUCCUGAAGAAGUCAUCGGUGACAUUGGAGAGCAUUUGACAACUAUACACCUCAGUUGUUGUGGCCGUGGGAGACGUUGCUUGUACGAAGGCUCAACUUCACCCGGUGGAUUUCCAAAUUCAUGGAAUGGGGCUAGCUAUUGUACCUCAGAUCUUGCAGUUUUGAAAAACAAUGAGAUACACCUCUGGGAUCGUUGCUUUGAUGAGAAUCAAAACCAGGUUUGGGGACCAAAACAAGGUCCAUACGAGUUCAAGCCAGCGACAUACUCAAGCAUCAAUGAGAGCCUGUCUUCUUUGAACAUACUUUAUCAAUCUUCAAUCGAUAGACCAAUACAAGGAUCACUCAUCUUGCAAGACUUGUAGCCAUUCUUUUACCAACCCCCUUUGUUCACACUUGUCUUGUAUUUCAUUUCCAACAACAUUGAAUACCGUUUUUGUACAUAUAUAGAAAUCUCAACAUUUUACUUCA